AUGGCGCCUCCACCCCACUCCAAGCCGGAGAACACUCUUAAACGAGCCCAGGAACUCAUCGGCGUCGACCAGCACCAGGCUGCCCUCCAGCUGCUCCACGAACAUGUCACCUCGAAGCGCACCCGCAACAGCCCCAUCACCUCGCUCGAGCCCGUCAUGAUCCUCUUCGUCGAGCUCUGCGUCGAUCUGCGCAAGGGCAAACUCGCAAAGGACGGCCUGUACCAGUACAAGAACACGGCCCAGAACACAAACGUCGGCACAAUCGAGACCGUCUUCAAGCGCUUCAUUGAGCUUGCCGAGCAAAAAGUCACAGAGGCCCAGGCAAAGGCCGACGAGGUCCAGUCCUCGCUCGAGCCCUCUGACGACAAGAACGUCGACGACCUCGAGGCCACCGAGACGCCAGAGUCCAUCCUUCUGUCCACCGUCUCCGGCGAGCAGUCGCGCGACCGCACCGACCGUGCCAUUGUCACGCCAUGGCUCAAGUUCCUGUGGGAGACAUACCGCACUGUCCUCGACAUCUUCAAGAACAAUGCCCGUCUGGAACUCAUGUACCAGUCGACUGCCCACCAGGCCUUCCAGUUCUGCUCCAAGUAUGCCCGCAAGACCGAGUUCCGCCGUCUCUGCGAGCUGCUCCGCAACCAUCUCCAGAAUGCCGCAAAGUUCUCCUCCCAGAUGCACGCCAUCAACCUGUCCGACCCCGACACUCUGCAGCGCCACCUCGACACCCGCUUCCAGCAACUCAAUGUGGCUGUCGAGCUUGAGCUCUGGCAAGAGGCCUUCCGCAGCGUCGAGGACAUCCACACGCUCCUCAGCUUGAGCAAGCGACCAGCCAAGAACAUCAUGAUGGCCAACUACUUUGAGAAGCUGACCCGCAUCUUCCUCGUCAGCGAGAACUAUCUCUUCCACGCUGCUGCAUACAGCCGCUACUACAACCUCCUCCGACAGUCUGCAGCUGCUGUUGCCUCUGGACAGAGCCCCAAGAAGGACAACCCAGCCGUCACGGAAGCCGACAUGACCAAGGCUGCCUCGUUUGUCUUGCUAUCAGCCCUUGCCAUUCCCGUCAUCAGCACCUCGCGCUCCCGUGGCGCCCUUGUCGACGUUGACGAGGCCAGGAAGAACAAGAACUCCCGUCUUACCAACUUGCUCGGCAUGUCACAGGCUCCUACUCGUGCUAUCUUGUUCAAGGAUGCUCUCAGCAAGGGUCUUCUCAAGCGCGUGCGUCCCGAGAUUCGCGAUCUCUACAACAUCCUCGAGGUCGACUUCCACCCUCUCUCCAUUUGCAAGAAGAUCUCACCGAUCCUGUCUCAGAUCGGUGCUGACGAGGGCAUGCAAAAGUAUGUUGGCCCGCUCCAGCAGGUCAUCCUCACCCGUCUCUUCCAGCAGUUGUCUCAAGUAUACGACUCUGUCGAGAUCAAGUUUGUGCUUGGCCUCGCCCAGUUCCCCGAGCCCUUCCAUGUCAGUGCUGGUACCAUUGAAAAGUUCAUCAUGAACGGCUGCAAGAAGGGCGAUCUCGCUAUCCGCACUGACCACGCUACCGGGGUCCUCACUUUCGAUUCCGACGUCUUCUCGUCAGCAAAGGCCAUGCACCCUGGUUCUGGUGCGGGAUCAGCCGAGACGGAAUCUCGCUCCGUGCAGCGUCUACAGAGCACCCCUGCUGAGAUUGUGCGCUCUCAGCUUACCCGUCUUGCCAAGUCCCUGUUCGUGACCUGCCAAUAUGUCGACCCUUCGUUCAACGGAGAUCGUCUGCGCGCAAAGGAGGCUGCGCUUGCCCGUGCAAAGGAAGGCGCUGAGAAGGAACACCAAGAGAUUCUCAGCCGUCGCGACAUCAUCUCGCAGAAGAAGGAAGCUGCCCUCAAGGCCCAGCAAGCCAAGGAGAACGAAGAACAAACAAAGAGGCUCAUUCGCCAGCAACAGCUCAAGGAUGAGGAAGCUCGCCGCCUUGCCGAGGAGCAGAAGCAACGUGCUGAGCAGCGCAUCAAGGCUGAGCAGAAGCGCAUUCAACGUGAGGAAAUGGAGAAGCAGAUCAAGGAACUCAAGGCUACCACAAAGGUUGACAUUGAGCUUCCAGAAGAUCUCGAUGAUCUUGAUUCCCAGAGGAUCCGUAUCCUCAAGCUGCAGGCUCUUGAGAGGGAGAAGAACCAGCUUGGCGAACAGCUCCGCAUUGCCGGCAAGCGUAUCGAUCACUUGGAGCGCGCUUACCGUAAGGAGGAGAUCAAGCACCUCAAGACUGAUUACGAAAAGCAACAAGAUGAGGAUCUCGCAGCUUACGAGAAGGCAAAGGCCGAAGAGCUCAGGGAGGCCGAAGAAAAGCACAAGGAAGACGUUGCGCUCAAGCACCGUCUGUCAAGAUUGGUAUCCCCUUACCAGCAAUUCGUUGCUACUGUCAAGCAGCAGCGCAAGGCCGAGUUUGAAAAGCGCCAGAAGAUCGCACAGAAGGAGCUUGAAAGCAAGAAGGCCGCACGUGUCAAGGAGGUCAAGGAACGCAUUGCUAGGGAGAAGAGGGAGCGCGAAGAGGCUGAACGCCGCCAGCGCGAAGAAGAGGAGCGUGAGAGGGCCGAAGCCGAGGCCAAGGCCAAGGCUGAUGAGGAGAAGCGCGCACGGUUGGCCGAAGAGAAGGCGAAGAGAGAUGAAGAGCGAAAUGCUCUUGCUGAGAAGGCUCGCCUUCAGGCACAGCGUGAGGAAGAGGCCAUGGCCAAGCGAAGAGCUGCCGCUGGCGCUGGUUCUGGCCGGACCUUCUCUCGCGAGCCGGCUGCCGACGCUCCUUCUUCCAGUGGUCCACCAAAGAUCCAACUUCCUGGCGGCAAGCCCAGCUGGCGUGAGCGUGAGGCCAUGAAGGCCGCUGGUCAAGGACCUCCUGCUGCCAGCACAUCCCCUGCACCUGCAGCAGCAGCUUCUCCCGCCCCCGAGGCGGAAGCGCCCAAGAGGGGUGGAUAUGUCCCACCGGCGCUGCGUCAAGGUGGUGCUCCAGGUGGCGGAUGGCGCGAGCGUGAGGCAAGCGGUAGCGGUAGUGGUAGUGGCAAUGCCGGUGGUAGUGGCAAUGCCAGUGGUAGCGGCCGAUUUGAAGCUUCUCGCGGCGGAGACCGAUGGGGAGACAGGAAGGCCUCUCCUGCCACCACUGGUGGUUACGUCCCCCCUGGCGCUCGCCGUGAUGCGCCAGCCCGUGAGGGCGAAGGUGAGCGUGAGUCGAGGCCUGCUGCUCAGGCUCCAGCCGCAUCCACUGGUAACAAGUUCCGCAACAACAAGUAG